AUGGAGGACGACGCGGAGCGACCGCAAGGAGCCCGCGCCUCCAGCGGACGCGGUUUGCGCCGAGCUUCGACAGAGCGCGCAGCGACGAUGGACUCACUGCCGUCAGUCCUGCCGCUGGAUGCGGGAAAUGCGGCAGAGCAGCGGUCCCCCGACGACUCACAGUCUCCGUGGCCGUCAGCCGACUUCCUCCGCGACCCUUUUAACGGCAACGCGGCAGCGGAGCCGGCGAUCCAGCUCCCUGAAUUCACACCCACGCGAACAAUCAACCCUUUUGCUGCCAUGCCGCAUUCGUCGCCGCCACAUCCGGCGAAGCCUGACGACGAUGCCCAAACCGCACAUGCCCCAGACUCCACCGAAUCCCCUUCCGCUCCAAGCACCGACCCCCCCGCGCGCCCCGCUCCCUUAGAAGCUCCUUCUGCGCCCGCUCCCGCCGCCGCCAUGCCGCAUUCCUCUUCCGCCGUCGCCACUGCCCCUGCAACAAGCGCGCCUGCACCGAGCGCGCCUGCAACGAGUGCGCCUGCAACGAGCGCGGGUGCAUCGACAUCGAGCGCGGCGGUGGCGGAGCAGUACCGCGCGCUGCUGGAGAAGGCGUACGGGAAGUUCGCGCGGCUGCGCGAGCUGCCGCUGUACGGGCGGCAGCGGUGGGAGGCGCACUUCCACAAGGCCUUCAGCGUCUACUCGCGCCUCUGGCGCUUCCAGCAGGAGCACCGCGCGCGCCUCGUCGAGAUGGGCCUCAAGCGGUGGGAGAUCGGCGAGAUCGCGUCGCGCAUAGGGCAGCUGUACUACAACUACUAUCUGCGCACGGGCGACGCGAGCUACCUGCUCGAGGCGUUCAUAUUCUACGACGCCAUUCACAGGCGCGAGUAUUUCCGCGAGGCGGCGUGCAGUGAGGCAGCGGUGGCGCACAAGCAGCUGCGGUGGCUGGCGCGGUUCACAGUGGUGUGUGUGCUGCUGGGGCGGCGGGACAUGCUGCGCCACCUGCUGUGGCAGCUGCGCAUGGCCGUCGAUGACUACUCCCGCUCCUUUCAGGUGCCCCUGCCCCCUCGCCUCCCUCUGCGCUGCACGCAUUUACCCUCCCUCUGCCUCCCUGCCACGCCACGCACUGACUAUUGCCGUCCCGUCACUACCUUGCCCCCUUUCCUCGCACCCGCCCCUCCCACUCCCCCCUCCCAGGCAGCGGACGCGGCGGAGUGGAAGGGCGUGGUGCACGAGGCGGUGCGCUUCCUGCGCGCGGACUGGCCGUCCGACUGCCCGCGACCGCUGCGCUACAGCGUGCUGCUCGACCCGCCCCCCGGCGCCCUCCCCCCCGUCGCGGCUCUCAUGCUGCCCGCCGCCCCGCGCGCCCUCGCCCUGCAGGAGGUCGUGCUCACCAGCUUCUACCCGCUCGAGGUGCGCCCUGGGGGGGGGGUGGGGGAGGAGGGGAGCGGGGGGAAAGAAGGGGGAGGGCACCACAGUGAAGCUGAGCGAGGUCACACUGGACGCCUUCCACAUGCUGCAGGCCGUCGAGUGGCUGCCCUCGGGCUUCUCACCCUCCCUCCCUCACCGCUCCACCCCCCAUGUGUGCAGGUGAAGCUGAGCGAGGUGACACUGGAUGCAUUCCGCAUGCUACAGGCCGUCGAGUGGCUGCCCUCGGGCUUCUUCCUCCCCUCCAAGCAAGGCGGCGUCGCCACGCACGGCUUCACUGCCACGGGCGGCGCGGGCGGCGGGGGCGGCGAGGGGCCGCGGCUGGUGGGCGGCGCGGAGGAGAACGUGGUGGAUCCGAGUCUGCCGCCCAACCCACAUAAGUACGUGCUGCACCGUCCGUCCGUGCCGCACCUGCUCAUGGUGCUGGCAACGGCAGUGGAGGAGUUACCUGCUGAUGCCGCCCUGCUGCUCUACCUCUCCGCUGCCGGCUCCCUCGCCCCCACUGCCACACCUCCUGCCUCACAUCCUGCCGCCUCCCAACCUCCUGCUGCACCCGCUGCUGCUGCCAGCAGUGCUGUCGUGGCGCCAGAGGCAGCUGGCGCCCCAGCUGGCGCCCCUGCUGCAGCAGCAGCGACGGCAGAGGCAGCAGAGGGUGGCGCUGGCAGCAGAGCAGACGGCAGGGCGGGCAGCAGUGCCUGCAGUGGGGCCGUUGAUUCUGAAGGGGGAGGUGGGGCGCAUGAGGGGGAGCAGGCACACGGGCGCGAGGGGGAUGGGGGUGUGGCGGGAGGGGGGGUGUGGGUGAGGAUGAGGGGGGAGGGCGAGGCGGCGAGCAUGUGCUGUCUGCUACCGGCUGACAUCCUGCCCUUCACCCGCCGCCCUCUCGUGCUCAUUGUCGACAGUGACAAUAGCGCUGCCUUCCAGUGGCUGGGUGGCAGGGAGCGAGGAGAGCCGUGUGCCAUGCUGCUCUCGCCCCGCCUGCAGCCCGACAUCAGCACCGCUCCCCGCCCCUCUCAACCUUCCUCCACCACUGCCACCACUCCUGCCGCAACCAAUGCUGAUGGCACCGUCCCUCCCUCCUCUCAGUCCGCCUCGGCUGUUGCUGAGCCUCCGGCUGCUGUCAAUACUGCCACUGCUUCUAUCCCCUCCACUGCACCCUCUGCUGCCCCCACGUCUGAACCCCCCUCCUCCUCCUCCACCUCCGCUGCACCGCCCGCCGUCUCCCUCGCCACGGCCACGCACCUGGCGGGCGGCAAUCUCUUCACGCUCUUCCUCACCGCCCCUCUGCAGGCCUUCUGCCGCCUCACUGCCGUGCCCCUGCCCGACAUUCCCAAGGAGCAGUACAUGGGGUGGGAGCGGCAGCUGGCCAUGCUGCUGUCGCAGUGGGGCUCAUCACUCGCUGCCUGCCCCACACUGCCCCUGGCCUGGGCGCGCCUGCUGCUCGACCCCUUCCUGCGCCUCUUCCUCCUCAGGUUCAUCUUUGCGCGCGCAGUGCUCUCACUGCACGUCUCCUACGCCGGCCGCCCGGCCUUCCAUCCCCACUGCCACCCACCCCUGCCGCCCACAACCCUCCCCUGCCACCCCUCCAUCUUCUCCGCCGUCCGCCACCUCGCACAGCUCUGUGGUGUUGCCGCCCAGUUCCCGCCGCCCGACAGCAGCGCCGGCCAUUCGUCACUGCCGGAAAAGGACGAGCGACCUGAGGUGGUGGGUGGUGCUGCUGGGGGGGCUGAUGUUAAAGCAGUGGGGGCAGUGGGACGUUUUGAAGGAGGGGAGGGUGGGGAGAGAAGGGGCGACAGUGGUGCAGAGUCAGGUGAUAGCACUAUUACAGGCACAGGCACAGAGGGUGGGAGUAAGAGUGGGGAUGAGGGAGGGAGCGUUGUGAGUAUGAAAGAGAAGAGGCAGCGAUUUGCAGCGGGGAGGAGCGGAGGGGUGCCGGUGCUGGGCGGCUUGGGAUUUGAUUCUUUCAGACAAGACCUGCCGCUUGCGGGCGGCACUGCAGUGCGGCAUGGGGGCGAGGCAGAGGGCGAGUGGGAGCGACCUGCAGUGGGGCGUGAUGGCUGA